ACUGUCAAUCUGACAGUCACAGGACAAAGGGGUGUGAUACACAGUCGGUUCCUGUGGGAGGAUCUAAUCUCCUGUAUAAAUAGCAUUGUGCUGUGGUUAAGUUAGAGGAAGUGUGAGGCGCGUUGCACAAAGCUGUUGAAUCACUUCACUUACAAAAGAUGUUCAGGGUAAGCCUGUGCUUGUUUGUGUGGGGGAUUGCGUCCUGCUCCAUCACAUGUCCGGAUGGAAGUACCUGUUCUGAUUCGACCACCUGCUGUAAGACUGAACAUGGAUAUGCCUGCUGUCCAUAUCCAAAAGCUGUUUGCUGCCUUGACCUGGCCCACUGCUGCCCUUCAGGGUUUACAUGUAACCUGGCCACCCUGAUGUGUGAUAAAGCAAACCAGCCGUGGCUGAACACACCCAUGGUGAAGAAGGAGGCUGCAGAGAAACCAUUCACCCCUCUUGAAAACAGUCACAUCCCAGAACAACAAAAGGGUUCAGUCGGUGUAGUCCACUGUGACAACUAUUACGUCUGUCCCGAUGGCACUACCUGCUGCAGACACCCAAAAGGUGGCUGGUUCUGUUGCGGGUACUCUCCUGGUAGGUGUUGUCUGGAUGGCUACCACUGUUGUCCAUGGGGCUACGACUGUGACCACACUUAUACCCACUGUGUGAGGCAGCAAGGCCUGAGAUAUCCUUUCACUCCCAAACAAGCCCUGUCUUCAGUUCCUGCUGCUCUCCUUUCAACACCAAAGGAACAAAGCAGCUUGAAAGAGCAGACAUCACUGACAGCUCUAACAGAAGCUAGUAGCGGCACCCAUGAGGUUGGAGUCAUUCGCUGUGAUUCCAGGUUUUUCUGCCCACAAGGGAAAACCUGCUGCAAAGGGUCGGGUGGCCAGUGGAGCUGCUGUCCCUACCGACUGGGCGAGUGUUGUUCAGAUGGUAAGCACUGCUGUGAUUAUGGAUAUAAGUGCGACUCCACCUCCAUGAUGUGCAAACAGGGGUUCUCCGAGAUCCCCGCAGGAACACAGGAACGUGCCAAAUCAAACUGAGGACAUGUUUUUAAGUUUGUGCACUGUAACAGCUUUUUUUUUUUUUAAAUACUGUUUUGUUACAUGUUUCAGAUAACACUUAAUCACAGCAUCAAUAGAGAAAAUAAACACAAAUCACUGAAUUGUGAGUUGAGAAUGUUUUUUGAAUGAAUGUUUUUUUGUAAUUAA